AUGUCUGGGAUUCUUACACUCAUCCUGCUCACUUCCCCAUUCUUGUCAGAAGCCAGGCAUCAUCCCCCCUCCGCCGCCGGCGAAAAGUUUUUUCUGCCGCCAAAUCCAUUGAAUCCCGGUCUACUGCCUCCCAACCCCCUUCUGCCGCCUCCUUCCUUGAUUCCUCCGGUCCUGCCUACUCCUCCGCCGUCGAUCAUUCCGCCGGUGCUGCCUACUCCGCCGCCCUCGUCGCCUUCCUUUCCCUUGCCCUUGCCCUUGCCGCCGGUUAUUCCGGGUGUGGUUCCGUCUCCGUCGCCGCCGCCGCCAGAACUCCCGGUUCCUCUACCUCUGCCUCCUGUUCCGUUCCUGCCACCUGGGAUUCCUGGACGCCCGCCGGCUGAGGUCUCUUCUAAGCCGUGA